UUUUAUUGACUUUUGACCUCCAGCUGAUUUUUUCUCUCUCAUUUGUUAGUUUUUGUAACCCUAACCAAAACUCUUCGAUCGGUUCGGGUUCAUUUUCCGAUGUACCAAUCGGAGAAUAACCGUGAAGAUUCGGAGCGAACGGCUUUCCGACGAACAGAGAAGAAGUACAAGCUCUACUACGAUAACAAUGCUUCUUCCAAGAACAAAAAGAAUAAACAACCCAAACCGGUGGACUUAACGGAGGUUCUUGACUUCAGAUCAAUUCUAGAGUGCCAUCACCGCAACCUUGAGCUUCCUCAAGGUGUUGUUGUCCUUCAGGACAAAUUCAGUUCUCCAGUGUUCUCUUUGCAAAAUCACCCUGGCUUUUAUUUUAUCCCUGGGGCAUUAAGCAUAGAGAAACAAUGCGAUUUGGUAAGGGAGAGUUUAACUGAAUUUCCGCAGCCACCUAACAGAACAAAUCACAAUGCUAUAUAUGGUCCUAUACACAAUUUAUUUGUUGCGGCUAAAGAAGGGAAAAUUUUGGUUGAAGAGAAAUCUCCAAUUACUUCGCAUGAAUGUAGUUCUGAUUUCGACUGUAGGGAUGGUGAGGAGUGGAAGUUUUUCACAGAAAAGGAAGCGUCCUUGAGAAAAUGCAAAUCCGUUUCUGGUUCUUCUUUGCUGCGAAAGUUGCGAUGGAGCACCCUUGGCCUACAGUUUGAUUGGUCUAAUCGAAAUUAUAAUGUGUCUCUCCAACAUAACAAAAUCCCUGAAGCACUCUGUGAGCUUGCCAAACAAUUGGCAAAACCUGCAUUACCUGCUGGUGUUGAAUUCCAGCCUGAAGCUGCGAUAGUAAAUUACUUUGCAUCAGGGGACACACUGGGUGGCCACCUUGAUGAUAUGGAAGCAGAUUGGAGUAAGCCCAUAGUUAGUUUAAGCUUGGGCUGUAAAGCCAUUUUUCUAUUGGGAGGAAAAUCUAGAGAGGAUGCUCCCCUGGCGAUGUUUCUUCGGAGUGGAGAUGUUGUACUGAUGGCUGGAGAAGCAAGGGAAUGCUUUCAUGGUGUUCCUCGGAUCUUCACCGACAAAGAAAAUGCUGAGAUAGGCCAUCUUGAGACACAGUUGACGCAAGAAGAUGAUCUCUGUUUCCUAAAUUAUAUUCAAACUUCAAGAAUCAACAUCAAUAUCAGACAAGUUUUUUAACACGGUUAAUUAAGAGGUGGCGUUUCCAGAAGAGAAACCACAAUUGAAAAAGAAAACAUCUGCACAAGCUUCCAAACCCAAACUUGUUAUAGCCACCAAACAUAGUGCCGUCAACGUGUACAAUUCCACAACCACUUUAUUUAUUUAUUCAUCUCUUUAUUAUAAUUAUUUCUUAUUCACCACUCCAAAUAAAACUUUCACACAAAAUCUUUAUCUCUUCUCUUUCCUCUUCUAACUCUCUCUGUUUAUCCAUCUUCAUAUCUCCUCGUAUCUUCUAUUCAACCAAAUGGGUCCACUCGUGCUGAGCCAAUUAGCCACCGGUCUAAGCGUCCUGGCCGGAGCGGUUUUCGUUAAAUCGGUGAUGGACCAAAAACCCAUGGCGGGUCAAUUUCCCAGAUGUCCCAGCUGCAACGGAACCGGUAGAGUCCCUUGUCUCUGCUCACGCUGGUCUGACGGUGAUGUCGGCUGUAGUACGUGUUCCGGUUCGGGUCGCAUGGGUUGCAGCAGUUGUGGUGGGUCCGGAACCGGUCGACCUUUACCUGCUAGAAUUACAGUACGACAACCGAACCGCCCAUCCUAGUUGACCGGUUCGGUCUAGAGUUUGUUGUUCAUGCAGCUCCCUUUAGCGUUAGUAACAUUUUAUACAUGUUCUUAUUUUUAUUUUAUUUUAUCUUCAUAUCCCAAAUCAAUCAAUCAAUCAUAUAGGUAUUUGUGUAAUAUAAGUGCAAAUUUGACACUUGAAGUAGAGAGAAAAGGGAUAUUAUUAUGUUGUAAGUAAAUUACUCUGUAAGUAAGAUUCUUGAACAUCAUCGUCAUCAUAUAAUUUUGAUUAAUCCUA